GUGCUCAACUUGUAUAAAUUGUUGGCUUCGCUAUACUGUUGCUUAAUUCUCAUUGUAAAUUACUAAAAUUAACAAACAAAAUAAUAUUCUUUACGAUUUAUCCGAUUGUUAAGACAACGAUAAAUAUUUUACCACCGACACCCAGCUGGUGAUAAUCGAUAAAAUAUUUGGUACUUUUCUUGCAACCUGCCAAUUGAUAUUGGACUCUGCUGGUUACAUUGGUCGCCUGCAAAUUGCCCAGCACACAUUGUUUUGUUGUUGUGGUGAGCGGUUGGUUUGCUAGUUUGCUAGUUUUCUAGUACGCAAGUUCGCAAGUUCGCUUUUGUAACGUUGAUGACGGCGGUGAAAAGCAACGUUUGGCUUAAACUUUUUCGCAUUAAAGUUUUGUAAUGUGUUUGAGCGGAAAGUCGCGCAUGAAAGCAUAGAGUUUUCCAAAAAAAAAAUAAUUGCAAUACGCAUAAAUUAAUAAAAAAAAUUCAACCAUUUAAUUUAAAACUGAGUUUUGUGCGUAUGUGUGCUCAACGUAAAAAGAACAACAUUUUGUUGUUGUGUGCUGCACAAAGCUGCAGUGUUUAUUGGUCGAGUGUGCGAUUUUUAUUGCGAGAGCUCGGGAAAUUUGUGUAAAUCGAUUCAUAUAGGAGAAAAUUAUAGAGAAAGGAUUUUAAGUAAAUACAAAGCGUGAAAUUCUUUCUCCGAAAAAGAAGCAAGAGGAAAAUAAUAUAAGUACGACUAUAUUUUGUUUGUGCAAAUUGGAAAAAAUAUAAACUAAUUCGUUAUGGUUUAAGUGAUAUUGUAAAGUAAAAGAAACAAAAAUUGCUCAUUGUGUGUUGCUUAUGUUGUUGCUACAAUUGCGACGUAUCGUGUUGUUUUCGCUGCCAACAACUUUUAAUUCUCUACACUAAAUGAAAAAUCGCCUUUUGGCUGGUAAAUAUCUGAAGAGCACUAAAUUUGAGUUUUCGCUCAAGGUCAAUAACAGCGUAAUAAAAAUACAGAAAUAAAAAUUAAAAUUAAAAAAUCGAAAAUUUAAAAACGCACAUUUGCUGAAAUUCUUCGUUGGCGGUACAGUAGCAGCGAUAAUGUCGACAACUUCAUCUAUUGAUACACCCACAUCUCCGAGUGCGCCAUUGCCAUCCCAUCAAUCACACCAUAACCACCACCACCACCGGCACCAACAUCAACCUCAACAACAUCAAUAUCAACAGCAUCAGCAUCAGCAUCAACAUCAUCCGCAUCAGCAUACGACUACAGCAAUUGUUGUCAGCGCUGGCGCUGGCUCCGGCCAUCAUCACACCAAUUCGGCCAAUAAUUUCACUCACUUCAGCCGUCAUCGCACCCAUUCGUCCUCAUCUUCAUCGAAUAAUUCUUUUAGUGGCGUCACUGGUGUUACCUCCAUGAAGUCUGGCACAGCAGUAGGUAACACCAAUAAUGUCAACGGUAACGGUAACGGCAACGGCAACUCUAAUGGCAAUGGCAACGGCAACGGUAAUAACUAUAAACCAAAUAACAGCAAUGACGGCAGUAGCUUCAGUGGUAACGGCUGUGGCGGUGGCAAUGCGGGCAAUAUUCACAAUCAAUCAACACACUCACUACUGACCCCGUCAUCGUCGACAUCCUCGUCACCUUCAGUAUCGGCCUCGGCCUCCACUUCGGCUGCUGUGCAUCACUCACAUCCGUACCAACAACAAAAUCCCCCGUUGCAGCAGCAACAUCAGCAGCAACAGCAACAACAACAAUACACUUCGUAUUCACAACGCGGCGUUGCAAGGCCAUCAACGUCAUUCUCGACCCCUGACGGCACUGUAACCGCUGUGGCCGUCACGACCAUCUCCACGAACACACCGGGCAGCAUGAAGCGCCAUCACACCGACGUAUCGGUGUGCUCGUCCGGUUCAUCGUCGUCUUGCUGCUCUAGCACCGGUUCGGUUUCGGCAGUCGGCGUUAUGGGCGCCGCUGGCUCUACAGUGAAUGCUGCCAUCGUAACUACACCAUCUGUGGUAAGCAGCAAUGGCGGUGCGGUGAUUACGCAGAAAUUGAGCAGGACAAUUCCAUCAGAUAAGAUAAAUUUACGUUUAAUACUCGUUAGUGGCAAAACAAAAGAAUUCCUAUUUAAUCCAUCAGAUUCUGCUGGUGAUAUCGCACAAACAGUAUUCGAUAAUUGGCCUGAAGAUUGGGAGCGUGAAGCGGUCUCCAAGGCCGAAAUACUACGUCUCAUAUAUCAAGGCAGAUUUCUACAUUGCAAUGUAACUUUAGGCGCACUGGGACUUCCGCUGGGCAAAACGACUGUUAUGCAUUUAGUGCCGCGUGAUAAUUUGCCAGAACCCAAUUCGCAAGAUCAAAGGCAGAAAAGUAAAGGCGGUUCCAGUAGAUGCUGUUCAACGACAUGCUGUAUUUUGUAACUAAAUUAGCUCAUAGUAAAUAAAUUAAUUUAAAUAUAUAAUAUAAUAAUUAUAAUACAUACAUACAUACAAAAAAUCAAAACAAAAAAAAACAGGAACGGAAGAAAAAUAUAUUUUCUAAUAAAUGAAAUAAAUAGAACUCAAAUAAUCGAGCAUAGUUUUAAAUCAAAACUAAAUAAUAAUAUUAAUUAAAAUAAAAUUGAUAUAAAAGCGAAGAUGUGAAUUUAGUGAACAGUUUCAAACGUGAAGCUUAUGAAACCGCGAAACGUAGCUGGCAAAUUUUUAAAACAAUAGUGAAAAUUAAUAAAAAAAAAAAUAUAUACUUAUAUAUCUAAAAUUUACUGAGAAAACUGAAAAAUCGGAGCACGACUCAAAAAUAAAAAUGAAAACCAAAAGAUAAUAAUUUAAAAAAAGCAACAACAAAUUAUAAGCAACAGUUAUGUAAGUAGGUACAUACGCAUAAGUGUAGGAUUCUAAGGGAACUUAGAGGUUUACAGUUGCCGACCGGUGAACUCGUGCAGAACGGUUAUAAUACAAGUAUUUAUAUGAUAACACAAUAUUAUAUACUAACUUAUAAUAUUUAAACACUUCUAUUUAUGUAUGUAUGACAUGUAAUUGUAGAUAUAAUAUUUAUGUUAAUAAAAGUAGUGAAUUACAAAGAGCCGAGAGCAGAGUUCGAAGAAAACCGGUUAUGUGACGCGGGCAGUUUUAAAUACAAUAACAAAAUGUAACGGUAUAUGGUAAACGGUAAAUGCAAAUUUACAAAUGUCCAAAUGCUAACUGCUGAAUAACGGUGUUGUGUGACAGUUGAAGAAAUCGAAAGAAGGCGUAGAAUAGUGCUAGGAGGGGAGGGGAGGAUAAAGUGGGGUGUUGAAUUGAAAUUGAAUUUAGAUAUUGCGUUAUUCCUUCCAUUUUCAUUCAGUUGUUAUUGUAAAGUGUUUGCUAGCUAAAUUUUACUUUAAAUUUACAUUUAAAAUAUAUAUAUAUAUAUCUACAAUUUACCGUUACAAUCGAGCUGUAUGUGAUUGAUGAUUGUUUGAUUGAUUGUCUGCUUUAUAAUGCUAUGCCGCUUCGAAACAAAAGCGUGAGAUGCAAAUUUUAAAACAAAAAAAAAAUAUAUAUACAAAAGCGGUCAAUAGUAAAUGCGAAAAGGGAUUAAAGCAAAUGCAGAAUAUGUAAUAAGGCAAAUGAGAAGCACGAAAUCCGUUAUGUAUGUAUUUAGUAUGGAAUUUGCGCUGGCAACUGUUUGUGUAGCUGAUUUAUAUAAAUAUAUUAUAUGUGUGUAUGUAACUAAAAGUGUUAUUUGUAUAUUCUGUUAAAUCAACUUUUUUUUCGGAUGCAAAAAAUUACAAGAAGAAAAAACAAAAAUCAACACAAAAGCAAUUCUCGCAGUAUGUCUUUCACCUAUACAAAAACAUGCGCAUGGUUUGGUGUACAUACUUACAUGCAUAUGCAUGCGUGUCAUUGUGUGAAAUACACAAAAUUAUUAAAUAAAUUAAAAUAUUACAAAUAAAAACAACAAAAAAUUAAGUAUUCUACAAAUACAAAGCAAACUAGCCAUGGGAAAUAAAAUGCAGCCGCGUUAAAUACAAAAAAAAAAAAUAAAGUUAUGUAACAAAAAAUAUGGCACAUACACAUACACACAAUAUAAAAAUUUACAAUAUGAUUCAUAAUACAUGACAAUGAUCUAUGUACAUACAUAGUAUAUUGCAUUAAAAAAAUCAGGAACUUACCAAACAACAGUAAAAUGAAAGCGAAAAACAAAAACAAUAAAACAAAAUGCAUAAUUUAAUUAAAUAAAAAAAUAUAUAUAUUGUACUACAAAUCAAAUAAACAAUAGUCAAAAAUGCUAAUUUAGUGUUCAUUGCCGUGUUUAUAGUUACCAACAUCAAAAUAAUUUUUAUGAAAAAAAACAAGCGUAAAAACUUGCGUACAAGAAGUAAAACUAACAGUUAUGUGGAAAAUAAGUAAAAAAAAAUAUUAAAAAAAGUAAAUAUUAUUUUUUUCCUAAUUAAUUUUGCGCCCUACACAACUUAAAAUAUUAAAAACAAGCUUCUGAACUGAGAAAUACUAUAGGGAUCUUCAAUUAGAAUCCUUUACAAAAAAAAUUCACAAAGUUUACAUCUUUGAGUGUUCUCUUGCCUAUUAUUUUGCUGAAUAUUAAUCAAGAUCAGUUACCGUUACUCUUACUCUACAUAUAUAGGUUUGUAUUUUUCAACUUGAAAUUAUCAAUCAAAUCAAAAUUGUCAUAAAAGUCUUAUUAGUCUCGACAAAAAAUUUCCUAACCUCAAAUAAUUGAGAUUGUAGUAAUUAUUUGAAGAAAAAAACAUGUAUUCAUAUUAGCAUGCUUCAAAAAAAUUUAAUUUUUUUUUCAACUCUCAACCUUUUAAAUAUUUCUAUUUGAAGUAAAAAAUGCUCAACAAACAUGAGCCUUAUUGAUCAACUCUAAGGAGUCGCUAUUUUUUUUUUUCUAAAAUGUCCUAAAAUUGGCACGAAAUGCUGAAAAAGUCUAUAAUGCUUCUCGACUUGCUCGUUAACAGUUCACAAAAGAAUUAAAAAACAGUUUCUGAGACAACAAUUAAUCUAAAAGUUUUAUUUUUGAAACACGUUGUUGAUUCGAAAUACCCUUCUUGACUUUUUUAUAUUAUCUGUUAAUGAAACUAAUUUGCAAGCCGUUUUUGAAAUUAAUACUAACUUUUAUUUCAGCAAAAUAUUUUAAAACGAUCUUUUCGAUUUUUGAAUCAUUUAUUAGUUCCUGUCGAACAAAUAUAUCUGUAUAAUUCGGAUGGUAAUAUAUCUCCAAAUAUUUGUAGAUGGUUUCGCGUGCAAAUACUCAAUAAAAUUUAAAUAAGAAAGUAUAACUAUGGAAAUAAAACUGAAGUCAAAAUGUGACAUUAUUUACUUCCUUUUAUAUUGUUUUCUUGAAGCACGGCUCUUCUUAUAUCUUUCUCAAUUCUACGAAAGAUUUAAAAUAUGAUUUCCCAACAUAAUACAAUAAAGUUUGCGUUAAUAUUGUCGAAAAUAACCGUUUUCCAAUUUCCGAUUGCUGUUGUCAAGUCUAACUAUAAGAUUAAAAAAUAUGAAGAAUUCAAACUCCGCACUCGAAAACUCGUAAAAAACCCAAGACUUUUGCAACCAAAUUUAUUUUCAUACUUGUAUUUUUUUAAUUAUUUCAAUCUCACGCUCUCGCUCCGCGCGGAAGUUCAAGCACCCCUUUCCUAUCUUUUAUACUACUACAUACAAACUUACAUGGGAUAUUAAUUUGAAAUUACUCGGUCGCAACUCCAACCUCUGACUGAUUAGUUUAAUUGCUGUAUAUAUAUGAUAUCCCAAGCUUUUACUCGUUUCAUAUUUAUGUAUGUAUGUAUUUUUGUUUUGUUUUACCAUAAGAUAAACUUAAUUAAAAGUUCAUUGCCAAGUAUUUUAUGUACAUGCAUACGCGUGCAUUUGUAUGUACAUACGUAUGUUUGUAUGUAUUUUUGUUAAAUUGUAAAAUAAUUAUUAACUAAUUAUUAUUAUUAUUUUUAUCGUCGACGUCUUCAUUUUUGUCCCACUUCCUAUUUUAUGUAUGUAUGUAAAUUUUUAAAUGUAUAGAAAGUAGUAAAUCUGUUAAAAUAUGUAAAAUUUUAUUAUAUGGAAAAAUGGCAAACUUAUUGACUAAAUAAAUAAAUAUGUAAAUCAAAAUUGUAAAAAAUAUUAAAUUUAAUGAAAAAAAAUAUAAAAGUAAUUGUUUUUGUUUAAUCUCUAAUAUUUUCUAUUAGAAAAAAAAAUUUUUUUUGUUUUUAUUUAUUAUAAUAUUUCUUCAUUAUUUAUUUAUUUAUUAAUAUUUUUAAGUUUAUGUUUUCACUAUUUUAAAAUUGUUUUAGUUUAGUUUGUGAGAUUUAUUUUUAGAAAAAUUUAUUUUUGUUAUUUAAUUUUUUUUAUUUGUUAUUUAAUUUAAUUUUUUUGUUAUUUAAUUUUUUAUUUUUGGUUUAUUCUCUAAUAUUUUCUAUUAGAAAAAUUUAGUAAUUUUUUUGUUUCUAAUUUUUCAUUAUUUAUAAAUUUUUUAAUAUUUUUAUUUAUAAUAUAUAAUAUUCCUAUUUUUUUUAAUUAUAUGGUUUUACUCUUGAAAAUUGUUUCCAUUUAAUUUCUGAUAUUUUUUUUUGAAAAAUUUAGUAAAAUUUUUAUGUUUUCUUUAAAUCUUAUUUCUUAAUUUUUUUUAUUUAAGCAUACAUUUUUUUAAUUAUAUCAUUUUUUUUGGGUUUGUGUUUUAUUUAUAUAUUUAAGGUCGAUUUUCAGUGUAAAAUAUAUUUAAUUUUUUUAAAUUUAUUUAUUUUUUGUUUCUUUAAAAAAAAAAAAAUUUAUUUAUUUAUUAUAAUUUUUUUUAAUCCUAUUUCUUUAUUUUCUGUUUUAUUUGGCAUUUCUGUUAUUAAUUUUUUUAGGUAUUCCAUGGUACAUUUUCUGUGUUGUUUAAUUAUAUUUUUAUUCGUGGGGAAUAUUGUUUUAAAUAUUGGUUGAAUAUUAUAACUUUUUUUCGGCAAAUGUUUAUUUAAUAUUUAUUUAUUUUUUUUAAAUUUUAUUUAUUGGCUUAGUUGUAUUCUUUUGUUAUUGUUUAUUUUGUUUAAAAUUCUAUGAACGAUUUUCUGGGUUUUUAUUUAUUUGUAGUUUUAGUUUUUUUUUUUGUGUUAAAUUUAUUAUUUUGGUUUUGAGUGGGCCGGGUUUUUCUUUUUAUUUGAAUAUUAAUUGUUUUGUUAUACAAAAUUUAUUAUUUUUUUUUUAAGUUUUAAACUUUAUGCCCGUUAGUUGACCACAAAAAAAUAUAUUCUCGGAUUAUGACAAUAUUGGGUGUUGUUAUUAAUAGUGUAGGGCAAAUAUUUGUAGUUUUUAUUUAGUUUAUUAAAUUUUUGAGUUUAUAUAUUUUAUAAUAUGUUCAUGUUGUUUUAUUUUUAAGUUUCAUAUAUUUUUAUUAUUAUUAAAUUUCUUGAAAAAAAUUUGUUAAGUUAUAAUUUAUUAUAGUAUUUUUCUAUAAAUUAUAAAUACAAUGCUAAGUAUUAAUGACAAAAAUAUUAAAAAUUGUGAGAUUCUUAUGCUUAUAGGUGUAUUAGUAUGUUAGUAAGAAAAUGAUAUUAAAAUUAAAUAUUUAAAUAUACUAAGUAAUGGUUUUUACCGAGUUGUUAAAUGUAUUUCGAAUUUAAUUAUUUUUUGAUUUCUUAUGAACUAUGAAAAUAUUUAUGUAAAUUCCAAAAAAAUAUUAUUAAAAAAAAAAAAAUAAAAAUGCAAACAAGGUUUAUGUAGAUGUUUACUAGAACGUUUAAGUAUCCCGAUCUAAUGAAGCCGUUGGUGCUAACCCAGAAGCGAGCUAGCACCUUAGCGUGAGAAUAGUAGGUAAAUAUAUACAUAUACUUAUAUAUACAUAUACAGAUAUAUAUAAAUAUAUAGUAUAGUACAUAAUAUACGAGUAUAUAAAUAAUUAUGUUAUAAUUUAAUUAAAGCAACUAUGAUGAUAAUAAAUACAUAUACACAUGCAUAUAUAUACAUAUAUAUAUAAGUGAAUAUCUAGAGUGAUGAAACUGUGUUUGUAAUAUUUCUUUUCAAUACAAAUGAUUUGGCAACACUGUACGAAAAGUACAAGGAAAUAAGGUUUACGUAGCGUAGUUUUUUUCUUCCCCUUCUAAUAAAAAGAUUAAGUAUUAAAUUAUUAAAACAUAAAUAAAAUAAAUGCAAAAAAAAAACAGAACAGGCAAAAGAGAAGAACACAAACAAACGCGAGUAAAAUGUGUAAACAUACGCAAAGCAAGAUGUAAAUGUCACUUAAUUUAAUCAAUGCGAUUAAAUUAAAUGAAGAAACAAUAAACGUGAUCAUAAGCAUAGAAUAAAUUAAACUUAAAUACAAAAAUAAAUAAAUGCAAA